AAUGGAGGUUACCUUGGUUGGAUAGAUGAUGCUUGUAAAUGUAUAUGUCUACCUGGACUCACAGGUGUUACCUGUGAAGACUUCGAUGACCCAAGUUCAGCAGCUCCUUCAAGUUGGCCAAAAGGUCAAUUUGGACUUUUGAAAUCAAAAGACGGGUGCCCAAAUGGUUAUACAUUUUCGACUGGUUGGAGAUUACAUUAUGGAGAAGAAUGGCAUUACAUGACUGAUGGAUUCAAAGAACACAUCGCUGGAGGAAGCUAUGAUUCAUCAUUGGAUUGGAUUAAAGAUCAGUUCUGCAUGAAAACGAAUUCCACUGGCUGUUAUGACUGGCCCGCUGGAUCAUAUUGCACAUUCAAGAAAAGCAACGCCGCCUGUCCGUCUGGGUUCACAGUGGGAUCUAAGACGAUUGCUGAUGACGAAACAAAAGGCAACAAUGCAUUCGACGGAAUUCUACCA